UUGGGGAUAGCAUAACUUCAGGAGGAGAUACCUAGCUUAGAGGUUGAAGCAUGGAUCAAUUACUUUACCCCUUUUAAUAUCAUCAAAUGUUCUUAAACCUUGAGUUUGGUUUAAAGCACGUUUCUCUACCUUCUGAUACAAUAAAUAUUUCUCUCUCUCUUUUGGUCAGAUGAUACUGAAUUGAUUUUUUUUUUUAAUCUAGCGUUGAAAACUUGAUUGUUCCAUCUUCGAUGGCAUUCCUCUCUACCACUGGCCCCAUAAAAUGCAAAAGAAUGACCACGUUUUCACCACUGUCCUUUUCUGCUUCCUAUAAUUUCUGCAAUAUUUCCAUUCCUGGAAAAUUAAGUAAAAAAGUUGGUGCACAUAGCAAUUUUCUUUCUUCAUUUGCAUACAAAUCCUCAUGGCAUAGGAACUUGUAUUCUGAGAAGCAGAGAGGCAUAUCCCUGAUUGCCUUUGAUGGUAAGAACCCAGAAUCAGAAGGAGAAGAUGAUCAUGCCCUGAAUGCAGUAAUGAAAUUGUACUCUGCCUUCAAGAAUAAAAACAAACACGAAUUAUCCGAAGAGGAAAGCCAGCGUGUGAACAAUUUUCUCUCAUUCUUAGAAGCCUUUCAAGGAAGAACGCAAGUGUUGGAAUUCUUUUCUUAUUUGACAAGUAUAUUUGGAAACAACAUUCAAAUUGUGGUGAAACCGACUCCACAGGACGGCAUAAAUGUUGGUCUUCAGUGGAAAUUCGAUUGGGACAAGAUACACCUUCCCCUUGGAAAGGGUUUCAGCUUACACAUAAGCCACACAUACCACGGAAAGGCUGUAAUAAGGAAUAUUGAGAUGUUUAUGGAACCACUGCUUCACUUGCAACCCUUUGGACUGAAAAUGAAAGUAGGCCUCAGAGAAUUCGUGGAUAAGAUAGGGUCAUUUAUGGUGUCAGAAUCCGGGAAUAAGGCUAAAAGAAUUUUGUACUUUGUGAUUGCUGUGUUGUCCCUAGCUGCUUUCUUGUUCUUCAUGAAACUGGCUUCAUAGAAAGCCGUGUCAUAAAUCAUGCUAUGGUCAAUUUGUUAAUUAUAGGCUUUAACAGGGUAACCUACACAUGAUUUGGAUCUCUUAUAUUCCUUGUUUGAUGUGACAGGAAAAGAAAAACACAAACAAUUAACUAUUAUUUGCGUAAGUCCAUUAA